AUGCCUCUGCAAUAUCUACCACCAGAACUCCUGGCCAACAUUUGUCAGCAUGCUUCUCUCACGGACCCUGCCGCACUCUCCAGGACAAGCUCACUUUUUUAUGUAGUCACCCAACCUCUGUUCUACAGACACGUGUCUGUUAAUUUGACGUCCAAAAAUUUGGGCAUUGUUGUCACCCUGGCAAAGAAGCCCCACAUUGCACGUCAUGUCCAGACAUUUGCCAUUCGCCUUGACCCGCACACCGCCGUGCUUCACUCUUACUAUUGCCGCCUCAGCGAGGCUUUGUCAAACAUGUCCGAACUGACGUCUUUGAACAUUUUCGUCAAGUCCGCAGCAAGUUGGGUGCUUCACACGCGACUCGACGCCGAAUUCCCUCGAUUGCGGCAUUUCGCAUCUUCCUUUCCCCUCGACUCCUAUGUUGCUCAUUUUCUCUCCAAGGCUGAGGCUAUCCUCCAGCUCGAAGUCGAUUCUUCUCCCACAUCCCAGCUCAUAGCUCCGUCGAGUCUCAUUGUCACAGCUGCUCCUCGUUUGUCUCGUUUCAUUGGGUCUUCCAAAGCUGCUCAGGCAGUUAUUCCGGGCCGUCCAGUGGAUGAAAUUCAUCUGAGUUCAGGUGAUCUGACAGAAGUUCUCGUGCAGGGCCUUUCCAAAUCCACCGCAUAUGUGCUUCUUUUGGGUGCCUCAACGAGUUCCCUUCCUCCUCCCUUGCUUGAAUCACUUGCCGAAUUUAUGCCCCAGCUCAAGUACCUCAGAAUGAUGACGACCUAUAAUCUCUCGGAUGUUCUUGAUCCCACUCUUUAUCAAGACACCGCAAAGGCAUUGGCCUUACUCCCUACCCUUCAUUCUUUUGAGCUUUCUGGAAUGCAUUGGGGCUCAUCAUGCAAAGGCCUUAACGGUGAGGGAAGGAUGUGGCAACCGCAAUUGUUUGGCGUCGCAACCCGUACUCUGGAUCCUUCCGCCCGGGCUAUUCCAAACCUCCCCAGUCGUCAUGUCGUAUGUGAGAGCACCAGCAAUAGAUUGCUUCUCGCGGCAAUGGCUACUGAGCACGGAGGGUUAGAUCCUCAGGCACGAAUUGCGGGCAAAGUCCAAGAAGUUCUACGACUUGGAAACCCGCGGGUGAACGAUCCUCGUUUACUCCGGUUGUCUGCGCGUGGAUUCCGUGCUUUGCAUUCCUCUGCUUGA